AUGCCAAUAAACGACAAGGACGACGGCAUCACCAAGAUCAGAAACAGAAUUGGAGACAUGAAAGUGCUUGUAGUUCUUGACGAUGUUGAUCAUAAAGACCAGCUCGAUGCGCUGGUCGGCAGCCAGUCAGGUUGGUUCAGUAGCGAAAGCAUAACCAUUGUCACUUGUAGAGAUGAAAGCAUCUUUAAGGGACGACAGAAAGUCAUCUAUAUGGUUCCGGAAUUGGAUCCUGCCCAACUGCUUAAACGUUUCAGUCAGCAUGCAUUUAAGCAACCCGAGCCAAAAUCAGAUUGGAGAGGUGAAUUGUCGAAGAAAGUUGUGUCAAUUGCUGGUGGGAUACCUCUGUGCCUCCAAGUAUUUGGGAGCCUCUUCUCUGACAUUAAAUCCAUUGAAGGAUGGGAGUCGAAGCUGGAGCAAUUAAAACGGGAUCAAAAUGAAGAAGUCCAUGUUAGGUUAAAAAUAAGCUAUGACAGCCUUGAUACUAAAAAACAGCAGAUAUUCUUGGACAUAGCAUGUUUUCUUAUCGGUUGGGAGGAUUGGAUGCAAGUUUACCCAGGGGAAUUGGAGAGAUGGGAAGAGAGGAAACAAAAGAAAGAAUACGCAAUGCUCAUGUGGGAAGGUUCCAGACUUUACCCAACUGAUGCAAUUGAAGAGUUGCAGCGUAAAUUUCUAAUCAGCAUAAAUGAUGAGCAUGGCACAUUUGAAAUGCAUGAUCAAAUACGAGACAUGGGAAGAAAUAUUGUCCAGCAGGAGCCGGUGGCAACCAGAAACAUGGAUGAGCUGAGAAUACUUGAUACAAGCUGCGUCAGGAUGGAGGGCUCGUAUCAGGAUCUACCCAAAUCGUUGAAGUUCCUGAGGUGGUGGCAGUGUCCAUUGAAAUCAUUGCCGAUCAUCGACUUCGAUGUUAUGAACAUUGUAGUGCUCGACCUGACAGAGGGCAUCAUAGAGGAGUUUCUAGGUCCAAAUGUGACUAACUCGUUGUUUUUUCAUUACCUCCACCCCCAAGAGGUGAACUACUCGCGGACAUUCAGCCAAUUGAAAGUGCUUAUUCUCAAGAAUUGCAAGAACCUCAAGAGCUCCCCCGAUUUUAGGCUGAUUCCAAACGCAACCAAAUUUGUAUUUGAAGGGUGCACCAAGCUUGGUCGAGUCCACGAAUCGAUCGGCGAUCUCCAAAGGUUGGUGCGCUUGAACUUGGGAGACUGUCGUUCUCUAAAGAAAAUACCUGAUAGCAUCUGUCGCCUAAGUUCUUUGGAGAAGCUCGUCCUCAGCGGGUGUUGGUCACUGGGAGAACUCCCAGAAGAGAUUGGCAGGUUGACAUCUUUAAAGGUGCUCCAAUUAGGCCCAGGGGAUAUGCAAAGACUUCCGGAGUCUGUUGGCCUGUUGACAAACCUGCAGGAGUUGGAAGCCAUCCUUUGCACGGAUUUGAAGACCAUCCCAGACAUUUCAAAUUUGCAAGCCCUGAGACGUUUACGUCUGAGCGGAUGCUCACAGCUGAUGGAUGUUACUGGCCUUAGCAAACUGAGAUGCCUAGAGUCCCUGCAACUCAACGGCUGUAAUGCACUAAGGGACAUGAAUGACAUGAUGAAGGAGGCCAAAUUCGAACAUUGCAAAUAUCUCAGCAUUCCUGGACAGCAGAUUGAUUAUUCCCGCUCCAAAUCCACAGGCGGAUGGGCAUGGUUGGUGACGGAAUCUUUUGCUCUCCCCAAUGUGCCCCGCCCAGGCAGGACUGGAGUUGUUGUUGAGGGCCUCGUGCCACGGUCUUAUACAGUAACCCAGGUUAAGGCCGAGAGGCAUGAUAGUUCUACGAUAAUCUUUGAAGAGGCAGAAAGUGAUGAGGCACAGACUGAACCGGAAGAGGUGAUACGGAUCUCCCGUGGUGGAGCUUUCAUCCCUCGGAAGUUGGAGGAUGAUAAAGGGAAAGCAGUCAUUGUAAGAGAUGGGAAAGGAUACCGAAGGAUCGACGUCACGUUCGAGGCGAAAAGCGACUUUCAAGGUACUCGUUUCCGUAUCGACUUGUACGGGCUACAACCCUGA